AUGACAUACCCAAGGGAGGAGCGAAUUGUAUCAAUUCCCCCACAUCCUCUAGAAGAGACAGAGAAAGAAUGGAUGAAUCGUUUCUGGGUGAAGUUGGUCGCAGAAGGCAUUAGGUCCGACCAGAAAGCGAUCGCUGGAAUGUCAGAAAGCUGUUGUGAACUCAAUCGCCUCGAGAGAUAUGGAAAGGAGUUUACAACUUUCAAGAAGCUUCCCUCAGAGAUACGAAGAAAGAUUUGGGAAAUUGCUCUUCCUGGUCCACGUAUCAUCCCGUUCUAUUCUGUGCAGGAAGACUAUACCAAAGAGGAACUAGAUGAAAAUGGCAAAUCAGCAUUCAUAUUCCCUACUGCAUUCAUAUGAAAAAACCACAAGAAGGCAGCUAGCUAAUCCAAUUGUCUUUAGUAGGUCUUUGGGAAGCAGUCACUGCCUGUAGAGAAGUCGUCAAUGCAAUCUCAACACCUCUCCUCCAAACCUCCAAGGAAGCACGUUCUGUUGUCCUUGAGCAUUACAAGGUAUGCUUUGGUUGUAGAUGCCAGCCCGAGGGUGCGAGACUUUACGUCGACUACGAAAUAGACACCAUCUUCUUUGACUGGCCACACCUCAUGCCCUGGAUUAUGAGCCACGGAUGUGCCAACAAUGCCAACUAUCACAUGCAGAGACUCGCCAUCCGAAUGAAUCACAUGGUUUCGCACGCUCGAGGAAACCCGCAUCAAAUCACUUAUGUUGCAGAUAAUAUCUUUUAUGAGCAUCUUAGCCAAACGCUUGCGAUUUGCCAACGACUCAAGUUUUUGACACUUGAAGUUUUCCAUAGAGCGAAGGUGCUUCCAGAUGAGAACUGUAACGAUAAGACCUAUAUGUGUGAGUGUGGUGGAAAGAGACUGGAUCUGUUGGAAGCUGAGUUGAAGCGAAGGUGGCGCCCUUGGAGUGAGAGACGUCAGUUUGGGACCGCAAGUGGAGUAGAAGAGUUAGGUGUCACUUUUUUGAAGCUAUGGCAGAUGGAUUGCUUCUUUCCACGUGGCUGGAGUGAGCAUCCGUGGAUUCAUCUUUAG